AUAGUUGGCCAAAUCCUCGAAGCGAUUCAUUUUGCCGCCACAAAACAUAAAGAUCAACGACGAAAAGACCCAGAGAAAACACCAUACAUUAAUCAUCCCAUCGGAGUAGCUUACAUUCUCUUGAAAGAGGGAGGUGUUUAUGAUACAGAUGUACUUCAGGUGAGGAGCACAGUCUUCGCACAGCGAAAUCUUUAUGUACCAUCGGUUAGUGUUUUCACUACCCACCAAUUCUGUGUGAACCUUAGAGAUAAAAAUUGCAUAUAUCGGCUCUCGAUUCUACUGAAGUGUUAUUCAAUUGCUGAUAAGUGAUGGCUAUUACAUUUUUUAUACGAGAAGUCCGACCCCUCGGUGUGUGGAAACGGGGAAAGGCAGAGAAGUCAUUACAUGGAGCAGGUGCCUGAAUUCAUAUUCCUUUUAAAAAAUCGUAUCUCUUUAGUCCAUACUCCUUUAUAUACCAGGGUCUGUCUUGGGUUGGUGUCUGCUCUACGUGUCUCAACUUCUUUUUUUAGAAGGAAUCUGAACUCAAAAUUUUACUAAAAUCAGAGUCGUCAUUACAUAAACGACAAAGUCUGAGAAACUGCGAAAAAGGUAUGGAAUUCUUGACAUGUGAUGAGCACGAAAAUGAAUACAACAAGUAACAAUGUGAGUCUGUAGGUUUGUAGCAAACACUAGUGCAUAGACCGUUGCCAUCAGUUGAAAUUUUGAUGCUUAGAAAAGCCAAAGAUGUGUCGGAAACUUCCCAGGUAUAUUUGAGAGCCGAGUGAAAGGAACUGACGGUGGUUAUCAAUUAGGUGAGCUCCUCUCUGAUAGAGGAGGUAGCUUACCAUCUUUUUAAAUCAACCUAGAAAUAUUUCUUUCAUAUCUUUCCAUGGGUCAUGGUUUGUCUUAAAAUCAAAAUUAUCAAGUAAAAACAAGUGACUUUUUUCCGUUUGUUAAAACAGUGGAAAAUUGUUUUCAAAAUAUGACUCAAGUUAACGAAACAAUAAACUUCAUCAAACAUGUUACAUGCAAUAUAACAGCCUGAUAAUACAACUUUGGAAUGUUUUGAUGGUUGACAUUUUUUUGAGGAAUUUCUAUGAUUUAAACAAUUAUAAAUGGUUAGAAUCAAUAAUUGGAAAAUUAUUGGAUAUUGGAACAUCUCUAAGAUGAAAACCCUCUUAUGUACCAGGAGUUCCAACACCCCAUCUUGUUGAGCAAUAUAUUACUUGUGUAGUUUGGUGAAGUACUUGUAAGGUGCCAUUUACAUGCAUGACUGUAUGCAAGACCUUGCUAGAGAAGAUUUAGACUGAAUAGCUUGCAUACUAAGAUUGACAAAGUAUGGGGUAAGUAAGGAAAUGAUGGAGUAAUUUGCAGGGCAGAAUAAAAGUGUAUGGACCUCUCUCUUUUCCCCCUCAUCCUAACUAUUUAGCCAUUCUCACCACCACCUCCCCCACAUUAGUCCUUUCACUUUCCAAUCCAGUGCAGCUCAGAUAAUUAUUAAAACUUUUCUCCAAGUUACAUUCUUUGAAUAUUUUUGAACAACAAAUUUUUAUCACACUACCUUUCUUUUUGUUUUGUUUUUUUGUCAAUGAAGGCAGCUAUUCUUCAUGAUACUGUUGAAGAUACUAACACUACUUUUGAUGAAGUGGAGUCAAAAUUUGGACCAGAAGUACGGCAUAUUGUUAGUGAAGUAACUGAUGACAAGAGACUUCCCAAAUUGGAACGAAAACAGCUGCAGAUUGUCCAUGCAAAGACUUCCAGGUUAGCACAGGGAUCAAGUUUACUUUUAGUGAUUGACAGAUCAUUUUUCACAUUCUUUUUUCAACAGAAUGUAGUUUUAAAGAAUUUCCUAUUAGGUAAGGGACUUCUUCCUGUGAGCAGCCAAUAUUACAGAAAACAAAGUGAAAAUCUUGACAAUGAUUACAGGUGUUACAAUUGGAUAAUACUGCACCAGUAUUGCAGAGGUUAUGGGUUCAAAUCCUGUACAGGCCUGAAUUUUUUAAGGCCUUAUUUAAACUACUUCUUGAGUAGUGUUCAUUACUGAAAAAUCACUCUCAAAUUCAUUUAAUAAUCCACAGUUCAUAUGUAUGAUGUUCAUAUCAUCACAGUCAUUCAUUCAGCACUUCACAGGUUUAUUAUGAACCAGCAAAAUGACCAGCUCCCAGUUGGCUUGUUAGCUCAGUUGGUAGAGCACUGCACCGGUAUCACAGAGGUCAUGGGUUCAAAUCCUAUAAAAACCUGAAUUUUUUUUGGGCCUUGUUUCAUCACAGCUUAAGUAGUGUUUACUACUGCAAAGAUCAUUCUUUAGUCUAUUUAUUAAUCCACAGUUCAUAUAAAUGAUUUUUUAUAUUUAGUCAUUCAUGAGUAGCAUUUCCUCUUCUAGUGACUAACCUUAAGCAUAUAGGUUCCUGGUAAAUUUUAUUGCAGUCCUUGAUAAAUUUGUGAUGUUGGAAAAUUUUUAUAACCACAUUAGACACAUUUUAGGUUUAAACAUUUUAACACCAUGUCACUUGUCAAGCAUAUUGACAUAUAGUAGCUCUCUGUAAAUAAAAAGUGGCAUGUAAAGUGUGUGGCAGAUGCCUCCCUGUUGAAGGCACAAAUUGAUGGAUGGCUUAUAUUGUAUGUCUGAUAUUUCUCUAUAAUUUUUCAGUGUACAAUGCAGUUAUCUCUCUAAAAAGGCCAGUAGAUGUUCCUGGGCAAACAUAUGGUUAUAAUCUGAGUGGUCACAUUUGUCUGGAAGGGGAAUGGGGAGAAACGCUGGGGGGGUCCAAUGAGAAUACUCUGUCUUGCUUUUUUAUAAUUUUUUUAAACCUUAUCUUGUUUAUUUUCCUCAAAAUACAUGUAUUGACCUGUAAAUUAAACUUUCACAACUGUGAAAAUACUUAAAUCUGCUCCAAUUAUCAAAACUUUGUGUAACAACAGCAGAAUUAAGACAAUGGCCACCUUUCAUUUUAAGUUAAAAGUACAGCAAUAGCAUUUCCAUACUCCUCCUGUCCAAUCUCAACCUUAUAAAGUGAAUCUUGAAAAGUUGUAUUGUUCAGUGCUGGCGUUUAGCUCUGCUCCAAACUCUUACUUACCCAACCUCAGAAGCAGCAACAGCUGAUACUUAUUAGCGUAAACCAUGAUUUAACUGGAACAGCUGUAACUAUAGUUGAAAUUAACUGCUAUUUUUCUUCACUUUAUUUCCUUUUUAGUCACAAGGUGAAACUUGUUAAGCUUGGAGAGAAACUCGUCAAACUCUUUAAACUCUUCAAUUAUUCCAAUGAGAAUACUCUGUCUCUCUUUUUCAUAAUUUUUUAAAACCUUAUCUUGUUUAUUUUCCUCAAAAUACAUGUAUUAACCUGUAAAUUGAUUUAAUAUUUUCUGUUUUUUUAGAUUUUCUGUUUUCUAUGUUACAAUAAAUUUGGUUCAAAAUCGGUUUGUUUCAGUCCUUUUUCCAUCACAACUGUGAAAAUACUUAAAUCUGCUACAAUUAUCAAAACUUUGUGUAACAACAGCAGAAUUAAGACAAUGGUCACCUUUCAUUUUAAGUUAAAAGUACAGCAAUAGCAUUUCCAUACUCUUUAUGUCCAACCUCAACCGUCUAAAGUGAAUCUUGAAAAGUUGUAUUGUUCUGUGCCGGCGUUUAGCUCUGCUCCAAACUCUCACUUACCCAACCAAAGAAGCGGCAACAGCUGAACUUAUUAGCAUAAACCAUGAUUUAACUGGAACAGCUGUAACUAUAGUCGCAAUUAACUGUUAUUUUUCUUUACUUUAUUUCCUUUUUUUUAGUCACAAGGCGAAACUUGUUAAGCUUGGAGAUAAACUCUUUAAUUUGAGAGAUCUCAAUCGUGUCACCCCAGAAGGCUGGACACAAGAAAGAGUUGAUGAGUACUUCCUGUGGGCACAUAAAGUUGUUGAAGGACUUAAAGGAACGAAUGAAGCUUUAGAAAAUGAACUUUACAAAUUGUUUGCACUGCGUGGCAUUUCUGAGAUAUAGCGUAGAACUGAGUAGAGAAGAUAUGUAUAGAAAUCAUAUCUUUUUUAAUUAUUCAUAUUUCUGAUCGCAGGAUGACUUGUUGUCGUGUCAGUAGAGUUGACGGAGGUUUGCUUCUUCUUGUACCUCAUUUUAACAAACUACUCUAAGUAUCAAGUAAUGUUGUACAUAGUAGGUUCACUUCUUCCCUUUUGUAUAGAAAUAACGAGGAUCUAAGAACCAUUACAUCGGAAGUAAAUUCAAGGGGAUGAUGUCACUUAAGAAUUGCCAACCUGACUGAGCUGAGAUUAUGUAUCUAUUGAAUUUUAAAGAGUUAGUGCGCGUGGAAAUUUAAUUCAAUUUCUGGUGUCCUUUUGUUUUUGUUCACUUUGGUUGUUUUUGAAAAGCAAGAACUGUCCGGCUUUACGUUAAUAAAGUUUACACUACACUUAAUUCUCACUAUCGUGUUUUAUUAAAAAAAGAUUACACUCUCCUUGUCUGGGAAAAAUCGACCAAUAAAGCCGUUGUUAUUUUUGUGUUGGCAAGCAUAGUGACCGGGAACAGAGUGAAGCACAAGCGUCCAAAAGUGUGUUAGUCAUGGACAAAGUAAAACAGAUAGUUUUGCUUUUGCUCACUACAUUCUCGGUUGGUAAGUUGAAUAACUGGCUCUUACACAUAUUUUUAACCAUAUUUUCAUUUUAAAUUGAAAAUAUAGUGGACGGGAAAAAGACUUGGUCGGUGUUAGUUAUCCUAUGUGGUAAAAGUGUUUUUGGAACUUGAGGCUAUGCGGUUGAAUUAGUUUAACAGUACAGGAUUUUGGCAUCGUUGUCAAUGUGGAGUCUGCUUAAAUUACAGUAAAUGCCCGGUGAAAAAAGCAUUUAAAAACGUUGGGUAGUUUAACAUGUCAAGAUUUGGAACGUAAACACAAGGGAUACAUGGCCUUAGUCCGAAACAUGCUUCGGAGCACGUUUGAAAGGAAAUCGAGGGAAGGGAAAGGUUUGCUUUUAUGAUUGUUGGUGUUAACUCUGAUCUUUAGUAUGUGAGCUUGUCAUCAAUAUGUAAAACUAAGUAAGCAUGCUUUUCACACUGAAUCAAGCAGCAAAUACGCUCGGGUAAUUCUUCUCUGAGGUGGCGGGUCUAUGUUGUUAAUCAAGUUGGAAAAAAACUUGCAAUUGUGUAACAUUAAAUUUAAUCAGUUUGCAAUUAAA